AUGAGUAGAGGAUAAAAUGGAGAGAAGAUGCUAUUACUAAACAACAGUCCUGGACAUUAAAUGAACAUUAACAUAUAAAAUAAUCAAGCCUAAUAUAUGAACACAAUUUAGGGAGCAUCAGGCAAAAUAUUCAAUUAAUAUUAGCAAAAUCCUCAGCAUGUGAUUCAGAUGAUACAGUAAAAAUAAGCCAGCAAAAAUCCAUUGGGUCAAAGAAAUCUUAGGCCUUAAAGUGCAAAGCCUGCCAAGAACAAUGUCUAACUUCCUCAUGAAAACUCCAUAUAUGGAACGAAUUUCCAAGUGAUUAAGAAUUAGACAUUAAGAAACGAUUACGGUGGAGAACUUAACUUCGCGAGAGUUAAUCAAAUAAAGUCAAGGUUAAACUCAAAGCUUGGCGUGCCUUACAUGUAGACAAUUAAAGCAGCGCAUAGAUAUGAUUACGGAAUUGCUUAGAACUAGCAAUUAAGAUAGCGUCCAAUGAGUGGAAAAGUAAAGAAAGAACUAAUCACUCGUGAAAGAAUGAUCAAUGAAAUAGUUGCAACAGGAAAGCUUUAAACUAAAAUGAAUUAGGAUCAAGUUAUGAAAGCCAAGGAUUCUGAAAUAGAAUUAUUAAAGAGAAACAUAAGAUCAACAAGGUUAGAGGAGGCUGAAAAGACUGUAUAAUUUUUUAUUCAAGAAGGAGCAAGAUUAAGAGCUUAGUUAGAGUCUACAAUGUCUCAAGGUGGCUAAAGUCAGGCAGUAAUGAAUAGAUAGGGAUUAUCUCAGCAAUAAAUAGCCGAUGAUUAGAAUAAUCAGGUUAUGAUAAAUUCCCUUUAGUAAUAGAUAAAUCAGCAAUCCUCAGAUAUUGGAAUACUGAAUGAAAAUUUAGCUGCAAAAGACAAAGAAAUCUAAAUAUGGAGAUAGAGAUGUGAAAAAGAACUGAAGGAAAAAUCAAAAAGUGCAUCCAGUAAAGAGAAACUGCCAAUCUCUAAAGAUGAAUACAAUCAUUUAAAGCAAAAGCUCACUGACCUUUAGAAUGUUUAUGAAUAAACUCUACUUGAAAACUAAACAUUGACUGAUAAAAUAGAGGACAUUUAAAACUAGGUCUAAAAUUAAUCGUAGAAAAGAGAAAAUGAGCUAUUAAAUAAGAUUACUGAAUUGCAAAACAACAGUAAAGACAAAGAAAAUGAAAUAAAUACUCUUAGGACAACAAUGAAUAAUCUUUUAUAGCAAGUUGAGCAGUUAGAAUAAAAGCUCAAACAGUAAACAGCAAUUAAUGAGCAUUAAAUAAAGGAACUUAAAUAAUAGCUUGAAGAAAAUAUAAGAGAUGAUGUUGAUAAUUACGAUGAUGACUUAAAGCAACAAGAAUUUUCAUAGAAGUUAAAUGAUCUUUAAGAAUAGCAUUAGCGUGAGAUUAAGCAGCUUUAGGAAUAGUCUAAGAAGUAAUAUCUUGGGGAUUUAGAAAAAUAAAGGACAGAUAUGCUUUAACUACAUAAGAAGUAAUUAGAACAGCAAAUCUUACUAGUUUAAGAAGAGAAUAAUAAAAGUAUUGAGGAGAUCAGAUAAACUUAUGUACGAUAACUCAAAGAUAAAUAACUUCAAUUAGAUCAAAUAGAAGAGGAAUUAAAAAAUGUUAAGCAAUAGUUAGCUAAUACAACGAAUCAGUAUGAAAGCAAUCUUUAAUCAAAACAAGGAUCUAUUCUUGUGUAAAAUUAAAGUAUAUCAUAACACUAAAAGUUAAAUUCAGUUUCAAGUUCACAUCACUCGCUAUCCAUUGUAAAUCAAUCUAGCGUGAAAUACGAGUCCAAAUCAAUAAUUAAAGAAGAAUAAGUAAAAUAAAAUUUUGAGCACAUUAAAAGGAAACUGUAGCUCGAAAAAGUCAGCAAGGAUCAAUUACAGGAGUACUUGUUUGAGGGUUAAAAUUAGAAUAGAGAGAAUAUUUCAAUUAAAGAUUUUUCUUCAAUAUUAUUUGCUAAGUUGCUACUUGACCAGUCUUAAGCAAAUAACUUGGCUAGAUAUAUAAUUGAAAAGCCAGAUGAUGGGUCAAGCGAAAUUGACUAUGAUCAAAAUAAAACAUUGAUGAAUAGAAAAAUUAUCAAAGUUAUUCAUGAUAAAAUACUUGGACCUUAAUACUAAAUAUACACUCAUGAACAAGAAAAGCAUGUUCUGAAAAAGUAUAGAGAAUUAGCAUAAGAUCAUCAAGAAUAUUUUGAAAACACACUUAAUCUUUAUGACUUUGAAGGUAAGGGCUUGAUGACUGUUGAUGAUUUAAGAGAAGCCUUACUUUCUUAAGAGAUCUAUGAUGGUCGAGAUAAAAUAUCAUUUGAAUGCUUUGCUCUUUAUCUACUUACAAUUAAUCAUAAGGAUACUUUCUAAAUAAAGAUUAACGAUGUCCUUGAUGCUUUAUUUCCAAAUAGAGAUCAGCCAAGGGUCUAAAAAAAUAAAAUGAGUCAAAGUACUAUUACGAACAAGAGUCACUUGAGUUAAUAACAAAUUCAAAGUUAAAAAUCUUUGAAGCAAAGUACAACUAUUAAGCAUAUGGAGAAGCAAAAAAGUAUCUUGGAUAAUGAUGAAGAUCUUAUUUAGGAAGAGGUCUAUGAUGAUUAAGUAUAAUAUGACGAAGCUCCUCCAGAAUUAAACUAUCUUAAAUCUAUGAAUGAAGAAGAAUUGCUUGAAAAAAGCGAAAAGGCUUUCUAGAUGAUAUCUCAAUACCUGCAGAAUAACAACAUCUCUUUAAGAAAUGUGCUGAAAGAUCAAAUUUACGAUCAAAAGAUUAAUAUAAUUAAUGAAGAGCAAGAAGGAUAGGAAUCACAGAGAGCUAACAAAACCUUCGAAGUAAUAAAUGCUGAGGAUUUCUUUUAAAAAGUCCAAGUUGAGGAUCUGUCAGAGUCACUUAAGGAUUCAGUAAUGUAAAUUGCAGGUAAAUAGGUCCCAGAUUAAAACUAAAACUUCUUUAUCUACAAAGAUCUCGAAGAAAUACUUGGCGCCUAUGGAUUCAUAGAUUCAAUCAAACCAAGGAAUAGUAGAAAUCUUAAAUAUGAUCUCCUUGAUCCUAAAUCCAUAAGAAUUAUGAAUAGACUAGAAUAAUUCCUCUAGGAUAAUAACAUGAUCCUGAUUUAGCUGUUUGAAGAUAAAAUCUAUUAGAAAACUAUUAAUAACUCUUAACUGGGCACCAAUCAAAAAAAGAACUUUAAGCUGAAGUUUAUUAAAUCUAGAGAGUUCUUUGAUAGGUUGAAAGAUUUGAACAUAAGAAGGAGCGGUGAACCCCUGAAAAAUCUUGUUGAAUUUUUGACAAUAGAUUCAAAGACAUAUAAAACAGGGCUAGUUGUUAAGAAGAUUGAAAAAUUGCUUAAGGAGUGCAAGGAAAAUGAAUAUCUUUAAAGCAUUGGCACUAAUAAGAGAUCUAAAAUUGAGUAAAUCUAACCUCCUCAAGGGUAAAGCAGGCUAUCCUAGAUAAAUUAAAUGAUUGAUGAGCCUAUUGAAGAAUAAUACUAAGAAGAGUAUGAUAGUAUUAAAGAAGCAACACUUCAUGAUGAUCAGAUAGAUUAAUUGCCCAAGUAUACAAUAGAGUAAGAAGAAGAUAAGGAUGAGGAAUUGUUAGAAUCAUUGCAAACUCUACCUGAUAUAAAAAAUCCCCUGCCACUCGCAAUUAGACCCAAUGAUGAUCUUAAAUAUAGCUAGAGUGAUGCAGCCCACACAGUCCUGGACCAUAAAUACACAUAAUAUGGUAUUAUUGAAGAUCCCUCUGGUGCGAUAAAGUUCAGUGGAAGCAAUCAUAGGACAAUCAUGGUUGAAGCUUAGAAAUUGUAUGACGAAGAUAUUAUUGAUGAUCAAAUAGUGAAUUAGUACUCUGAAUCUGAAGAAAACUACGAAGAUUGUGAAUUUUGA